AGAGAGAGAGAGAGAGAGAGAGAGAGAGAGAGAGAACGGCCGCUGGACUCCAUUAACGCAAAACCCUCCAGGAGCUCGUCGCUGGACUUUGGCGAUUUUCUUCUUUUUCGGGAAUCUUCCACAUGAUAGGAUUAAAUACGCGGUCGAAGGAAAGAAAGCGUGCAGACUGUUGAAGUUCUGGGAAGUGAAGUGGUGUUUUGUGGAUUUGUUUCGGCGUAUUUGUGAAGGAUGGCGUUGGACGGGAUCCGGAUGCCAGACGGCUGCUACGCAGACGGGACCUGGGAACUGAAGAUGAACGUGACGGACCUCAACAGGGACGUGUCCCUCAGAGUCACCGGGGAAAUCCACAUCGGCGGGGUGAUGCUCAAACUCGUGGAGAAACUUGAUGUGAAGAAGGACUGGUCAGAUCACGCGCUGUGGUGGGAGAAGAAGAAGACCUGGCUGCUAAAGACCCACUGGACGCUUGAUAAAUAUGGCAUUCAAGCCGACGCCAGGCUUCUCUUCACUCCACAACACAAGCUUCUGCGACUUCAGCUUCCCAACAUGAAGCACAUGAGGGUGAAAGUCAACUUCUCUGACCGUGUCUUCAAGGCCGUGUCCGACAUCUGCAAAACCUUCAGUGAGUGCCUUCCCUAAAAUAAACUCCAUUAG